AGUGACGUGGUGGAGGUCCGUCAGUGUAGCUGUUUCUGACAGUCAGCCUGCCCGGGUUGGGCAGCUGCGUUGCCCGGCUGAGAAAUCCGACAGGGGUCGGUCCAAGUCAGCGCGGAGGAAAAGAUCCAGGAGAGAAAAAGAAGAAGGAGCGGAGUGGGGAGGGCAGGACAGACGACCGCUUGUUGUUGUUGUUGUUGUUUUUCUUUCGGGACUCGGGGAACAUGUUUUGGCAGUGAUUGGACUCUGAGGUGGGAGAGGAUAUUGUUUUUUAUUCCGGUUUUCUUCCUCGCUUUCACUGCGCUGACACUGUGCAUCAACCUGCCGAGCGUCGUGAAGGACCAGCCGCACUCCUGCUGCUCUGUCCCUCCUUCCAGCGCGCAGGGCUCCGGAUAAACGUGUGUGGAUACUGUGGGGGGGUCUCUCUUUCAUUUUUACCUCGAAUAACAUCUCUGGACAGGGAGAUAAACUAGGAUAAGAUCAGGAAACAACGGCGAAAGAGCGAAGGGAAGAAAAAAAAACACAUUUAACAGCUUAAGUAGUGAGGCGGAGGGACGCUGUGGUGUAUAACGGACACAAGGAGCAGGAGAGACAGCAGGAGAGGAGGAGGCGCAGCAGGAGGAGAACCAAGAACCUGCAGGUUUGUUGAGCCUGUGGGGAUGAGGACGUGGAGGGACGUAACACAUCCGAGGUGUCAGUGUGAGUAGAGAAGAGGGAGCUGGAAGAAGAGAGCCAUUAAAGCCCGGAUCCAGUCCAAGGAGCCGGUGAUGGAGGGUGAAGGCACCGCGGUUCACACGCUCCGCCAGCCGACCGCAGCCCUGUCGGAAGCCGCAGCAGCCGCAGCAGCAUGAGGAGGAGGAGAGCAAACAUAGAGGAGGUGACCCUUAUCAUACCCUGAAGGAGACGAGACACAGAGCAUGGUCUUGUAUUUGUCUACAGUGCCAAAAGAGCACCAGGGAGAAGCCUCAAUGGCCAGAGAAUCAUCGCCUUCCUAGCUCCAUCAGGAGCCCUUUUAACCCUGCUCAAACCUGCACUGGGGGGCUCAAACGUUCCCCUGACUUCACCAGGAGGCUCACUCCAACCCGUCUGCCAGCUCAGAUAACCCUCUGACUGUUGGCAACCACAUGUUUGAGGUGACUAUAUGUGACCGCCGCCGCCGCCCAUUCUCGAGCAGCAGCAGCAGCCUCCUGCGACCUCGAUCUGCACCAUGCAGUGGAGACGGCGGCACUGCUGUCCCAUCAAGAUGACCUGGACGGUCAAGCGUUCGCUCUUCAGGACCCAUGUGGCAGGCCUCCUCUCCCUGGCUCUACUCUUCACCCUCUUCUUAUUUUUCAGCCACCAGGACUGGCUGCCAGGACGCAGUGGGCCCCGGGAAAACCCAUUGGCCUACACUGUCAGGGGCUUUCGCAGCCCCAAGGGAGAAGCCAACCAGAGCAACUCCCUGAGGAGCCUGUGGAGGGAGACGGGAUAUGUAGCGCCAAAGCCUCUGCUCAAUCUCAGCUCUCAGCAGGCGGAUGGGGCAGUAGGGGAGGCAGCAGGAGGUGGUGGAGGAGGAGGAGGACCCAGGAUGGGAGUAAUGGGCCUUGGGGACUCCAUGAGCACUAACAACAGUUUACAGAUGGAGAUGGGUGUAGGAGGGAGACUCAGCGCUCAGCCCUACCGCUACAUUCUGAAUGAGCCCUUCAAAUGUAGGGACAGCACUCCAUUCCUCAUCCUUCUAAUUGCUGCAGAACCCAGCCAGGCCGAUGCCCGCAAUGCUAUCCGCCAGACAUGGGGAAAUGAGAGCACAGCAAUGGGUCUGGGUUUUGUCCGUCUUUUCCUGCUUGGCACAGGAAAGAGCUCAGACACCUUUCUCCAGAGCAGCAUAGAGGAAGAGAGCCGUGUUUACCAUGACAUCAUCCAACAGGACUAUCAGGACACUUACUACAACCUGACCAUUAAAACCCUGAUGGGCUUGAACUGGGUGGCCACCUAUUGCCCACAUGCCUCCUAUGUGAUGAAGACAGACAGUGAUAUGUUUGUCAAUACUGAGUAUCUCAUCCAAAAGCUGCUGAAGCCAGAGCUGCCUCCCAAGCAGAGGUACUUCACUGGCUAUCUGAUGAGGGGCUAUGCACCAAAUCGAAACAAGGACAGCAAGUGGUACAUGCCGCCCGAGCUGUACCCAAGCGAGCGCUACCCAAUAUUCUGCUCGGGCACUGGGUACGUGUUCUCAGGGGACAUGGCCGAGCUGAUCUACCAGGCCUCUCUCAGCAUACGUAGGCUGCACCUGGAGGACGUUUAUGUGGGGAUCUGCCUGGCAAAGCUGCGCAUCGACCCAGUGCCCCCUCCCAACGAGUUCCUCUUCAACCAUUGGCGGGUGUCUUACUCUAGUUGCAAGUACAGUCACCUGAUCACAUCCCAUCAGUUCCACCCCAAUGAACUCAUCAAGUACUGGAACCACUUGCAGAGCAACAAGCACAAUGCCUGUAUCAACAUGGCCAAGGAAAAGAACGGCAGGUACAGACACCGAAAGUUUCAUGGAGAGAGGCCUCCUUGAUCCAUCCUGUGAUGACCACCCGCCUCAAAAAAGGGAGAUGGGCGCACUGUAACUACAGCCAGUGGAGGGCAUGUUGAACUCAGCACUAUACACUACAUGAGGAAAAGCACAUUGUUUUUGGUAUUGUGUACAGUUGAUGAUUCAAACUAUUUUUUUAAUUUGAGAAAAAGUGUCAAGUAUUGUAAACCUGUUGAGCUUUUUUUGAAGGAGAGAUUGGAGGACAUGUGUGAUAUGGAGCACACACAAAAAGUGUUGCUGCUCAAGAAUGGAAUAAUUCAGGUGCCAACAGAAAGGUGGUAAUUGAAGCUACAGUUAAUAUGAGGGCUUUCCUCUAAAGGUUAGUACAAUUUGUCGCACUCUGCAAAUCUAAAAAACAAACAAACAAAAAAAAAACAAAAAACAAAACUAAGACACAAUUUGUGUUUACA